GAAUAAGCCGAUAUAAUGGGUGAGACGACUCACCAUUUUUCCCAGUAGAGUGCGAUCGGAAAGCCAUGAUUUCUCAGCCCAGAAGAAGGAACCGCCGUGCGCCAUCGACGACUCCACCGGACAUGGCGCAUCUGACGAUCCAAGAGGAAGCUCUCUUGCCAUCAACGAAGUCCGGUGUUAUCCGUUUGAGGAGUUGCUACGGAAACUAUCUCACCGCUUCAAACGAACGGUUCUUGCUCGGCGCCACUGGGCGUAAAGUGGUCUUGUCUAAACCGGCUCGACUCGACUCGUCUGUUGAGUGGGAACCGGUGAGAGAAGGUUCCAAACUGAAGCUCAAGACUAAAUACGGCAACUUGCUUCGAGCCAACGGUGGACUUCCUCCGUGGCGUAACUCCGUUACUCAUGGCACUCCUCAUGUAUCGGACUCCUUCUUGUGGGAUGUUGAUGUGAUUGAAAUUUUGGUGGGAACGGCGGAUCCGGCUCCACUUCCAGCUCCAGUUCCAGUUCCAAUUCCAGCUCCACCUCCACCUCCGGUGACAACUCCUCCACCACAUGGGUGGAAGUCGUACUCGUAUCCUCCGGUUUCUAGAACAUCUUCAGAAAAAUCCGAUCCGGUUAAAGAGCUGCCACGGGGUAUACUUGACGGCGUCGAAUGAGCGGUUUUUGUUGGGGGUGACGGGGCAUAAGGUGGUGC